UUUUAAAUAUUUUUAUAUAUUAAAUAUAUAUAUAUAUAUUCAAUUCUGAGUUUUUCAUACAAAACACAUAGGGGUUAACUGUCCAAGGUCAAGAUCACUCAUGUAGUAAGUGGGGGAACUGGGAGUUGAACCAAGGCAGUCUGGCCAUGGCUGAGGCCCAGAGAGGGGUGGUGAAUGGCCCAGGGUAACACAGUCACAACCCCAGAGCUAGGAGCUGCUGGCUCCCUUCUGGCACCUGACUCAAGCCAACUGGGGGCGGAGCAGAGGUGGAGCUAGGGAGACCCAGCUUGGCCUCUCUGAAAACCAGAGUACAGGCGGCAGAGUGGCCUGGAGCAGCAUGAAGCAGAGCUGGGGACCAGAGCUGCUCAUCCUGGGAGCGGUGGUCCUCCUGGAGGGUCUUCAAGCAGCUCAGCACGUAUGUGGGCAGCGCGGCCCUGGCCCCCCCGAGCCUCAGGAGGGCAACACGGUACGUGGGGAGUGGCCGUGGCAAGCCAGUGUGAGGAGGCUCGGGGUCCACAUCUGCAGCGGAUCCCUGGUGGCGGACACCUGGGUCCUCACUGCUGCCCACUGCUUUGAAAAGGCAGCACUGACAGAACUGAACUCCUGGUCAGUUGUCCUGGGUUCUCUGCACCGUGAAGGGCUGAGCCCAGGGGCCGAGGAGGUGGGGGUGACUGCUCUGCAGCUGCCGAGGGCCUAUAACCACUACAGCCAGGGCUCAGACCUGGCCCUGCUCCGGCUCGCCCACCCCGUGGCCCACAUGCCCCUCUGCUUGCCCCAAUCUACUCAUCGCUUUCCUUUCGGGACCUACUGCUGGGCUACUGGUUGGGAUCAGGACACCAAUGAUGGUAAGUGCUGUCCCAGACUGAAGCUCAGAGAGGCACUAUGCUUGCCCAAGGUCACACAGCCUCAGCUGCCAAUUGUCCUUGUGCUCGGUCUCCCUUGUACCCCCCCCCCUCCGCCCCCGCCAAUUCCCUUUCUUUUGCCAGCUCCCAGGUCACUACGGAAUCUGCGCCUGCGUCUAAUCAGCCGCCCCACGUGUAAUUGUCUCUACAACCGGCUGCACCAGCGGCUGCUGGCCAGCCCAGCUCGGCCUGGGAUGCUGUGUGGGGGCGCCCAGCCUGGGGUGCAGGGGCCCUGUCAGGGAGAUUCUGGGGGCCCCGUGCUGUGCCGUGAGGCUGACGGACAUUGGGUUCAGGCUGGGAUCAUCAGCUUUGCGUCAAGCUGUGCCCAAGAAGACACGCCUGUGCUUCUGACCAACACGGCGGCUCAUAGCUCCUGGCUGCAGGCUCGAGCUCAGGGAGCAGCCUUCCUGUCCCAGAACCCAGAGAUCCCGGAGAUCAGUGAUGAGGACAGCUGUGUAGCCUGUGGAUCCUUGAGAGGAGGAGGUCCCCAGGCAGGAGCUCCCUCCCCAUGGCCCUGGGAUGCCAGGCUGAAGCACCAGGGGAAGCUAGCCUGUGGUGGAGCCCUGGUGUCAGAGGAGGUAGUGCUGACUGCUGCCCACUGCUUCAUUGGGCGCCAGACCCCAGAGGAAUGGAGCAUAGGGCUGGGGGCCGGGCCAGAGGAACGGGGCCUGAAGCAGAUCAUCCUGCAUGGGGCUUAUACCCACCCAGAAGGGGGCUACGAUGUGGCACUCCUGCUGCUGGCCCAACCUGUGACACUGGGCCCCAGCCUUCGGCCCCUCUGCCUGCCAUAUGCCGACCACUACCUGCCUGAUGGGGAACGUGGCUGGGUCCUGGGGCUGCCCCGCCAAGAAGCAGGUGCCAGCUCCCCUCAGACAGUGCCUGUGACCCUCCUGGGACCCAGGGCCUGCAGCCGGCUGCACUCAACUCUUGGGAGCAACAAUAUCCCCAUUCUGCCAGGGAUGGUGUGUACCAGUGUUGUGGGUGAGCCGCCCCACUGUGAGGUGAGCCUGUCCCCCAAACCUUAUUCCACAGACCCCCUGGCAUCUUUAUCCUGGAACUCACAGACAGACCUUCUGUCAGGCUUGGCCUCUGGACCUGCCUCUCACUUGAAAUUGGGCCAUCCUGCCAACUGGCUCCCAAAUAGCCAGAGCCUCAUCCCAGCCCCUAGCCCCUUCUGCCCCCACGGCUGCCUAGGGAAGUCACCCAGUGUCACCCGACUCCUGACAGGGCCUGUCUGGGGCACCGCUGGUGCACGAGGUGAGGGGCACAUGGUUCCUGGCGGGGCUACACAGCUUUGGAGAUGCCUGCCAAGGGCCUGCAAGGCCUGCGGUCUUCGCGGCACUUCCCGCCUAUGAGAACUGGGUCAGCAGUUUGGACUGGCAGGUCUAUUUUGCUGAGGAGCCGGAGCCCGAGGCAGAGACUGGAAGCUGCUUGGCCA